GAGAAAUGUCAAUCAUUUAUGGCAAGUGAUAUUGUAUGCCAAGAAAGCCUUCUUCAAAAUUAAUACAGAUUCUCCAUCCAAUCCAGAGGCAGCAGCUUUAUAUGAUCAAGAACUUGAUGUGUUCAAAAACCGUGUUUUGGAGUCAUUAACAUCUUCCAAGGACAGACUUCUUCAACCACCAAGUCUAGACGAUCCCUUUGCACUCAGGUUCAGCCCUUGGAAUGAAGCAGUGCACCCAGACACAAAGAGACAAAUGAUCCAAUCAUCUCAGCCGGACUAUAUACCACAUUGGAAACAGUCACAAGAUGCAGGAUCUGCCAACCCAUGUGACCUCGGCCUGUCUUGGAUUGAAGCUGAGCUACCAAGGAUUUUCACGAAGAAUGAAUCAGAAGAUACAUAG